GACACUGACUCUUAAUUAUGAUGUAAACUAUAGAUUGGUUUUAUGUAGUACUGGUGUUUAAAGGAGAUUGACUUAAAGCAGUCACAGUGUGUUAGUCAUAGCGCAGACGUGACAGGAGGGGUCAGAGAAGAUAUUCAUGUUCACACUUUUAACGCUUCGUACAAUAAAGACAGCUGCUGAAUAGACCAAGUGAAGUAUGAGAUUGCAGGACUCAUCAGGUGACCAGAGUUUGAGAGGAGAUCAGACUCUUCUUCCCACUUAGUCUUGUCCCAUUCCAAAUGUCCUAAAACUCCCCUGGUGGUUUUGCCAGCAGCAGUCUCCUGGACAUCUGAGUUUGUCUUGUCAUCUUCUAUACAUGUAAUCAACCCUUUCUAUUAGUUAUCCCUCCAGCCCUAAAUACAAAAUCCAGUAAUUCCUUCUUUAGCUUACGUAUCCAUGUAUCUACCAGGCUUAACCAGAGCAUUUACACAUCUCUAAACCUGCCCUCUUAGUCCCCUCCCCUGGCCCUGCUGGUUGCAGUGGGCACAGCUGCAGCAAUGCUGGCCUGCCUGCUGCGAAGCAGAAGCAUGUCUCAGAGGCUGAGCGUCUUACUCCUGCUGUUUGGCCUGGUUUGGUGCCUUCUUCUGCUCCAUUACACAGUGUCACAGCCACGACGCCAGAGCAGCACAGAGCUCCGCAAGCAGAUCCUCGAACUGAGCCACCGCUAUGUCAAAGCCAUAAGUGAGGAGAACAAUGAGCUUACAAGGCCACACAACCCCUCAAUGGCCGGAUACGCUGAUUUGAAGCGGACUAUUGCUGUGCUACUGGAUGACAUCCUGAACCGUUUGGUGAAGCUGGAAGGCAGGGUGGAUGCUGCUGUAAAUGCUUCUCUGCACAAUAGUUCUCACACAGCUGGGGUUGUUAUACACAGAGCAACUAAACAGAACAAAUCUGGCAAUACUGUGGACGCUGGCAGCAAUCAGCCCCAGACACUGUCACAGACUUAAUGUCUCACUGGAAGUUAAUGGUGGUGCUGGGGACAUUUUGGCUCCACCACUGUUUUUGAGAUAUUUAAUAUAUAGCUAGCUAUAUUUUUAGAUUAGCUUAAUAUUUUUUGUUGACUUUUUUUAUCAGAUGGUUGAUUGAAUAUGCACAUAUUGGUACAAAUUUUGGAAAGAACAUAUUUAUUGACUUUCAUCUCACUAUAACUUAGAUGUAUUUAGAUAUAACCUGCAAUUAUGACUAGUUUUAUCACAUUAGUUUAUCAUUAAAAGUAGUUUUAGCUAUCCAUAGACUAUACCUAGCAGGAAGAGAGCAUCCAGAGAUCCAAAGGAUGUUAUCUGUUUAGGUAAUGAAGACACUUGUCACUGAUUUAUGAUAUUAUAAUGUGAUAUUGUUUUGCUGUAAAAAAUAAUUUCGUUUGAAGUCAAAACAAAUAGCAGUUUAUUAGAAAGUUUUUUGCCUAAGCUUGCUAAAACCUUCAACAGAAGUUGCCAAAACUAGACUAGAACUGCCCAGCUUUAGCUCUGUCUUGCUCAGAAUCAGAAUAGAGCUGUGUGUUAUUAAAAUGGUAUUAAAAUCUCAUUUAAAAAUAAAAACAAUAGGAAAACAAUAUAAACAGUGAUUGACUUGGAGAAUGGAAGCUGUCAUUUGAAGGAAUCUGAAGUACAGCUGGGUGCCAAAGGAAAACCCAACAGAAUGCCUUAGUACUGUGUUGGACUGUCAUGUGUACUGGUGUAUCAUUGCUCAUUGGUGUAGAUUUUAAGUAUUUUUAACACUGUUCUUAAAGGAUAAAACAUUGUCCUUCAAAUA